AGAAACUCUGGCUUGAGAAAGAGGCAACGUGCUGGCUUCUGAGAGGCUUUCACUCUGCAGUGAGACGUGAAAGGGCAGGAAACCCCCAGGGUGUGAAGAGCUGAGCCAGGGGCUGAGGGCUGCAAGCACACCGUGGGACCAUGGCCAAGCUGGUGGAAUGCGUCCCCAACUUCUCAGAGGGGAAUAACAAAGAGGUGAUCGAUGCAGUGGCACAGGCCAUCUCCCGGACACUGGGAUGUGUGCUCCUGGACGUGGAUGCCGGCAGCUCCACCAACCGCACCGUCUACACCUUUGUGGGGUCCCCUGAGGCCGUGGUGGAAGGGGCAUUGAGUGCAGCCCGUGUGGCUGGGCAGCUCAUCGAUAUGAGGCAACACUCAGGUGAGCACCCUCGGAUGGGGGCCUUGGAUGUCUGCCCCUUUGUGCCAGUGAGGAAUGUCAGCAUGGAGGAGUGUGUCACUUGUGCCCACAUUUUUGGGCAGCGCUUGGCAGCAGAACUGGGUGUACCUGUUUACCUGUAUGGAGCGGCAGCACGGCACGAGAGCAGGAAAGCUCUGCCCUCCAUCCGUGCCGGGGAGUAUGAGGCGCUCCCUGAGAAGCUUGCAAAACCAGAGUGGGCUCCUGAUUUUGGGCCCCCAACUUUUGUCCCCCGAUGGGGAGCCACAGUGACGGGUGCCCGGACCUUCCUUAUUGCAUACAACAUCAACCUGCUGUGCACCAAGGAGCUGGCCCACCGCAUUGCCCUCAACAUCCGUGAGCAGGGCCGUGGCCCCAGCCAGCCCGGGCGCUUGAAGAAGGUGCAGGGCAUCGGCUGGUAUUUGGAGGAGGAGAACAUGGCCCAGGUUUCGACAAACCUGCUGGACUUUGAGACCACACCGCUCCACACCAUCUACGAGGAGGUCUGCCGAGAUGCACAGGAACUGAAUCUCCCUGUGGUGGGGUCUCAGCUGGUAGGGCUUGUUCCCAAGAAGGCCAUGCUGGAUGCAGCUGACUUUUACAUCAAGAAGGAAAAACUCUUCAUCUUGGAGGAGGAACAAAAGAUCAGGCUGGUGGUCAGUCGUCUGGGCCUGGACUCACUGUCUCCAUUUCACCCCCGGGAGCGCAUCAUCGAGUACUUGGUGGAGGCAGGAGAGGUAGACGGGGGGCUGGUGGCCAAGCCACUGGGUGCCUUUGUGCGAGCGGUCGGAGCGAGGUCAGCAGCGCCGGGAGGAGGCUCCGUGUCUGCAGCUGUGGGAGCCCUGGGAGCAGCGCUGGGCAGCAUGGUGGGGCUGAUGAGCUACGGGAAGCGGCAGUUUGAGGACCUGGACCCCAUCAUGAGGAAGCUGAUCCCCCCUUUCCACCAGGCCAUGGAGGAGCUGGUGGCAAUGGUGGAUGCCGACUCCCAGGCCUUCAGCAGCUACAUGGAAGCCAUGAAGCUGCCCAAGAACACCCCUGAGGAACAGGAGAGGCGCGCAGCUGCCAUGCAGCAGGGGCUGAAGACAGCCAUAGGGGUGCCCUAUGGCCUGGCAGAGAAGGUGAGCGGACUCUGGCCUGCUCUGAAGGAGCUGGCACGACACUGCAACCUUGCCUGCAAAUCUGACAUCCAGGUGGGAGCCAAAAUGUUAGAAGCAGCAGUGUUCGGAGCUUACUUCAACGUCAUGAUCAACCUCAAGGACCUCACAGAUGAGAAGUUCAAGCUUGUGAUGUCACAGAAGGUGUCCAGGCUGCUGGAAGAGGCAAAGCAAGGCUCGGCGGUUGUGCUGGAACUGCUGGACAAGCGGGUGGCCUGAGAACAGCUUGGGAGUGCUCUGGGGGUUCUGCCAGUGGCAAAUACAUCUGGGAAAUACUCUCGUCCCUGCCUAGUCUCUGUUGGUAUCUGCAUCUGGAGAGCUGGUCUGCUCAAGCACAUCCAGCAUCAUAUCCCCUGGCCUUUCCAUGGACAAGGGGGAUUAUUGCUGUUUGGCUCCAUCCUCUGAUCCCUGGGGUGAUUGAGUAGACAACUGGCUUGGCAGUGCCUGGGACCACAGUGAUCCUCACAGAAGGGAUGGCAGGAUCCCUUUAGCACUGUCUACAAGGAGUUCCUGGUGCAUGAGCAUCUCCUGACCCUGCACAGUCCCUGUGUCCAGAAACCCCCAUGAAACACCCUCCUACCCGAGAUCUGGGGCAAGACCUGGCACAGUCUCUUGCUGACAGGUGUCUUUCAGGCUGUGUGUGACCAUUCCAACCUGUUGAAUUGCCUAGGAAGGGAGCACGGCCAAACAUGAGGCACCAUCAGAGGUGUUAACAGGGAGAUGGGGUUGGUUGAGAUGGGAGAAAUCCUACCCCUUCUUUAUAGAUCUUCUAAGAGGAAAACCUGAAAAUCAGGGGACCCAGCCCUGCCUCCUGAGCCUGUUGAUCGUGUGUGUCAGCAGAUACUGUGUCCUCCACCCGCACACUGCGGCAGCACCCUGAGCAGUGUCAGGCCCCCACACGGCACUGUCCCACAGCCCCGUCUGUGGGAAGGUCACCCCUGUUCCUAGACACUGUACCUGAGCAGAGAGCACCGAGUCAGGGUUCAUGGUGGGGUCAGCUGACUCACUCCAUCCCUCCCUUGACAUCAGGAGCUGGAAUUACCGCCCUCCAUAGCCUGUGUUUAUUAUCCCCAUUGUGGGACCUUUGUGCCGGCUGGGAGCGGAGUGUUGACGUUUCUUGCGUGCCCAUGGUGACAGCGUGGUGUCACCUCUCCGGUGUCACCCCUGCCUGCCACACCCCUGCUCAAAGGGGCAGGGCCCCGCUAUUUAACGGAUGCCCUACAGCCGGGAGAGCCAAGGACAGGGAUCCCGACUGCUGCUGGUGUUGCUUCUUCUGGGAACUUUUCCACAGGUCUGCUUGGAGACCACUGAGGAUGUGUGACCCCAACCAAGGCCCACCACAACCGUACCCUGCAGUAUGCCCUCCUGCCCCUCCAGGAUACCCUGGUCCUGGCAUGGGUGGUGGCAUUGCAGUUUGCCCUGCUGCUCCUCCAGGACACCCCGGUCCUGGCACAGGUCCCUGCUCUGGCAGUGUGCCAGUCUGCUCCCCACACCCUGCUCCGCCUGGCCAGCACCCCCACGGGCACCCCCUGUUGGGGCAUCACCCCCACGGGCACCCCCCAUUGGGGCAUCAUCCCCACGGGCACCAGGAGCACCAUAAGCACCACCAUAAGAAGCACCAUGAGAAGCACCAUAAGAAGAAGCACUGCAAGCACCAUGAAGGCAAGCACUCUGGUGGUUCGUGCAGCUCAAGCAGCUCAAGCAGCUCAAGCAGCAGCUCUGACUCUGACUAAAGGUCUGGCAUGUCCCACCUGCUCCGUGGUGAUCAGCAAAACACGAGGCCAAACUCCUCUUGGGAACGCCCUGCAUGUCACUCCCCUCCCUACCCCUUUCCCUUGGAGCAAUGUUUUGCCUGCUGAUUUUUCUUGUGUGUAAGAGCUUGUAAAUCCUUUGACCUGGAUUCUCCAAGUAAAUGGACAACAUUUCCACCCUCUAUCUUUUGGGAGAGCCUGCUGGAAGUCAUCACAUGCUGUUUUCCAAUCUGCUCGUGUCCGUGUGUUUUUUCCUGUGCAAUGAUGCUGGCUGCUGACAUGGAUCCCAUAAAACUCCUUACAUUUUG